CCGGAGCGAAGGGUUUUUGUUUGGGGGUUAUUUUUGGCCCAUAUGGAGCUGAAAUUUCUCAAUUUCAAGGACGUGCACUUGAAGAUGUUUUUUCAUUGAAAACCCCGGAUAAGGACACGGAUUCUGGUGCUGUAUCAUAAAUGACAGGCUGCGAAAACAUGCGUUUCUCCUGCGCCUAGCCGUGGUGUUUGUCGCGACGCAUGGCGGGGGCUGCUGUGAGGAUGUGAUCAGACAGGGAUCUCUGCUUUCUCGCUCCGCUGCCUCCACAGAGUCGCUCAUGAUGCCCAGGGCUCUGCGGAGACUGGUCCAUUUGAUGCUGUUCUGCCCUCUGUCCAAAGGCCUGCAGAGUCGUCUCCCAGCCAUUAAGGUGAAGUACCUCCUGCUGGCAUGGCUGGGCAUCCUCAUCGUCAGCUGGAUCCUCUACAUGCAGUACGCCUCGUACUCCGAGCUCUGCCGAGGGCAUGUUUGCCAAAUGAUCAUUUGCGAUCACUACAGGAGGGGCAUAAUAUCGGGCUCGUCCUGUAAGGCAUUGUGUGAUCAGAGAAGUCUGACCCUGCAGCGCUGCAUGUCCACCUCCUCUACACAUCAGGUGUACAUCGGGUUAUGGAAGGAGAGGCCUGUUGUGAUCAAGUGCGGCAUUGAGGAUCUGGUGAAAAUUGAUGGAGCUCCAGACUCUGUGCUGCGACAGGAGAUGACUUUAUUUGACAAACCCACUCGUGGGACCUCUAUGGAUGAAUUUAAAGAGAUGCUGCACAGUUUCCUCAAGGCCAACCUCGGCGAGCAGCCCUCCUUGAACACCUUAGUGGACAGAGUCAUUACUCUGGCUGACGUCAACCAGGAUGGCAAAGUGUCUCUAGCGGAGGCCAAGUCUAUCUGGGCUCUGCUCCAGAUCAACGAGUUCCUCCUGAUGGUGGCGCUGCAGGAGAAAGAGCACACUCCCAAGCUGCUGGGCUUCUGUGGAGACCUGUAUGUGACGGAACGCGUGGGCCACAGCUCCCUCUACAGGCUGCAGGUGCCUCAUUACCUGCAGGCUCUCGUCCCGGAGGCCUUGAGCUCCAGCCUGAACCACUGGCUGGCCCCAGCCUGGCCCCGCAGGGCUCGCAUCACCAUCGGCCUGCUGGAGUUCGUGGAGGAGGUUUUCCACGGAUCUUACGGGAGUUUCCUGAUAUGCGACGCCAAUCCUCACCACGUGGGCUACAAUGCAAAGUACGACUGCAAGAUGGCCAACCUGCGCAGCGUGGCGUCGGAGGCCGUCGUGCGGGGGUUUCUCAAGGGACGGCGGUGUGAGACCAACGCAGACUGCACCUACGGCCGGGACUGCACGGCCACGUGUGAUCGGCUGGUGAAGCAGUGCAAUACUGAGGUUGUGCAGCCCAAUCUGGCAAAAGUGUGUGUGCUGUUGCAGGAUUUUCUGCUUUUUGGAGCACCUUCAGACCUCCGCGGGGAUCUGGAAAAGCAGCUGCGCACCUGUGUGACACUCAGCGGUUUGGCUAGUCAAAUGGAAGUUCACCACUCACUAGUCCUUAACAACUUGAAGACGUUACUGUGGAAGAAAAUCUCCAACACUCAGUACUCCUGAAAACAAGCUGAGAUGACCUAACCUCCUCCUCUACCAUAUGAGUGAAUUAUUACAUGAACAUGGGCAAUUUUUACUUAGAGAGUUGUGGUGAUUCAUACGUUUCCACUCUUCACUGGCUGUGAACAACAAGAAAACUGUGAACUGUUGCAUAUACAAUGUGAAACAGGAGAUCAAGCAGGCUUAAAACUCUUAAAAUGCCGUUAUAAGCCCCGUCACGCUUUUGUUUUUCAAUGCUUUGUUUUGACAAGGACAUCCAUCUGUUUGCACAUAAUAUUCUCAGGACACUGCCUAUAACUUUAUUUGUAAAGUUACGUAUGUAAAUAAUUAGUUUUUAAAGUAAAGCAACUGACAUAUUGGAUUAUUUUGGGUUUCAUAGGAUACUUCUUGUCUGUCCCCAGUAGAGACACUGUGAUGGGGUGUGGUAGUUUUUGUACAACUGUAAAUACUAGUAGAACAUUGCUGUUUUGUUUGUAAUUAAUUGUAUUAAUUCGCAUCAGAAGCAGAGAUGAUAUAUAACAAUAGAUGGAAUAAAAACAAUAACACGGAAAUGCCCCUGCUGCUAUUGAUCUGAUGAUGAUAAUGUAUUCAGAAUGAACUGGAGAUGUAUAGCCACAACACCUGAUUAAACCUGAAUGAACUUCU